AUGGGAAAAGAUGAGUCACUUCAAGAAUAUCUUUUGAAAAUGAAGGAAAUGGCAUUAAGAGCUAGUAUAGAAGAGGAAGCAGUGGUUCAGUAUGUAAUUGAUGGCAUUCCAGAAGAGAGUGAUAAGAAAUUAUGGUUGUAUGAGGCCAAAACGUUGAAUCAGUUGAAGCAGAAGCUGGAGAUCUAUGAGAAAUUUAGACAAACAAAACUUCGAAACGACCAGCUGAAGCAUUCAGUACCUACUUAUAUAAUUCAAGAUCAGGGUAACUUAAUUCCACCAGAUUUUGAAGUGAUUAGGGAAAAUCAGGCUUUGAAAACGGUACAGAAGCGACGAGACAGAGCAUUGACAAAGUAUGGAGGUGCUAAUGCCGAAUCGCCACAUCUGAUACAAUCACACGAGGAGGAAAUAACGUUUUUAACGGAAAAAAACAAACAGUUGAGGCGAAAUGUAAAAGAGCUGAAUGAUCAAUUGAAACAUAAAAACGACGAAUUGCAAAGUGUCCAAGAACAAUUGAAACAUUAUAAAAAACUCGACAAAGAUAAACACUUGUUAGAAAGAGAGAAAUUAUUCGAGGAAUUAGAAGAUGUGAAGAAAAAACUCGGUAAGGCUGAUAAUGAAAUUGUUGUUUUGAAUAGAAAACUGACUUUGGAAAGCAAGACUUCGAAACAGAGACUCAAUUUGGAGAUGACAAAACACAAGCAGUGUCAGAAAGAACUUGCGCAAGCUUUGACCGAAAUUGCAAAAUUAACAAAGUUGAUAGAAACUAAAGAAAAGUCCUUGACCAGCAAUGCCCGCAAACGCUUUUCAAAUUUGGUUCCAAGGCAGGCAACGUCCUCCUCCAUUAAGUUGGAAAGAAUCGAAAUGAAUUUACAAAACACGAUACAAAAAACUGAAGAUCAUAAAAACAACGACGAAUUCAAUAAACGUCUGGGUGACUACUGUUUGAAGGCAAUAUAUUCAGUUAAAAAUUACAGUAACGUGAUUGAAACUCACAAAGAAAACUUGGGGUAUGCUGAAGAGGACACCGAAAAAAUUAAGGAGACUGUCAAAGAUGCCGAACACAUAGAGUUGCGGUUGAAGAAAGCACAUUUGUUGUCGUUUGAUAAAAACGCUUAUGAUAACUUGGAUUUUGCUAAUCAGAUUUUAAAGGAAGAGGCUAAGUUUCAAACGAAAUAUAAGAAUGGAAAUGUGAAAAAGGAACCAGCUGUUGGAGUGAAUGUUAAAAAAAAGCUUUUAGCUACGUUAAGGGCGAUUGACAAUGGGUUCAGUUUAUAAUUAUUGAUUAAGGAAUUAUUUUGGAUUUUAAUUGUUAUAAUUAGUUAAGUUUUUGUAUUUUUUGAAUUAACUUUAAGACUUUGUAUAUUUGAUUUUGUAAAUAAUUAUUGAUCGAGAGCGAUCAAUCUGUCAGGUUGGCCGAGCUGUGAGCGCCU